AUGGCGGACCAUGAUUUUGCACCGAGCUUCACCCAGAAGCCGCAGCUGCGCCAGGAGGACGAUGGCAAUCGGCUAGUGUUCGAGUGUCAGCUGAUCGCGAAGCCGAAACCGGCGAUCGAGUGGUACCGCAGUGAGGAACUGUUGUCACAGAAUGCCCGCACCAAGUUUAAGAUUCAGUCGUUCGGCGAGAACAAGUACUUUGUGGUGCUGGAGUUGGACGAUGUCAUCGAUACCGAUGCCGGGCUGUACAAGGUGAAGGCCAAGAAUCGUAUGGGCGAGGUUUCUGCCUCGAUCAAUCUCAAUUUCAGUCCCGUUGAUGAACCCGUAGAAAAACAAAUCGACGGUCUCGCGCCUACCUUUACCAAAAAACCCUCGAUCCAGCAGGAGAACGAUGGCAAGCGGUUAAUCUUCGAGUGUCAGAUUCAGGCCGAUCCGAAACCGCAAAUCCGAUGGGCGCACAACAGUAAAGUGAUCGAUUUCACCCCAAGGCAUAAGUUCAAAGUACAAAACGAUGGCAAACUUUACUUCGCAACACUGGAGGUCGACAAUGUGACGUUCGAGGACUCGGGCAAGUACAAGGUGACGGCUAAGAACGAGUUGGGCGAAUCGAGCGCCACUAUCAGCUUGAACUUCGACAGUGAGGAAGUUCCGGUACCAGCAGAUGGUUUUAAACCAGCCUUUACAGAACGACCUGUCACACGACAAUCGGAUGACGGCAAGAAUAUAAUAUUUGAGUGUAGAUGUAUCGGUGAUCCGAAACCAACAUACACAUGGUAUCACGAGAAAAACGAAAUCCAAAUGAGUGGCAGGUUCCAAAGUGAGGUAGAGGAAGAUCAGAACCACUGCUAUCUGAUACGGUUCACGAUCAAGGACGUCAAGCAGUUAGAUCGGGGCGUGUACAACGUCCAGGCGAAAAAUAAGCACGGUGACUCGACGGCGACCAUAAACUUGAACUUCGAUUCAAGCGCGAAACUAGUAAAUCCCGAGGGCAAACCGCCCCGCUUUCCACAGAAGCCCACCAUUUCCCAGAAGGGCGAAGUACUCUCGAUGGAGUGCAUCCUGGAGGCCCUGCCGGUGGCCGACAUUACCUGGUACCACGGCCAGGACACGAUCACCGACGGCGAACGGUUCAAAAUCUUGCGAAAAGCGAUCUCGAUCGAUACCUAUCUGUUGACACUCCAAAUUUCACAACCGACCGCCAACGAUGGGGGCAUCUAUCGUUGCCAUGCUUUCAACCCGUUCGGGGAAAGCAACGCGCACAUUACGCUUAACUUCAAAGCGAACGAGAACGAUAGAGGCUUUGCCCCAUCGUUUGUGGAGAAACCGAAGAUCAUCCCGAACAAGCUGGGCACGCUGAUAACGAUGAAGUGUAGAUGUAGAUCGAAACCGAAACCGACCGUCAAGUGGAUGCGUAAAAAACAGGAAGUUAAAUCGUCCAACAAGGUGACCCUGGAGGUGAAAACCGUUGACGAAGAUACGUACGAGCUAACGCUGAACAUCAAAGAUCCCAGCUCGGAAGAUGGUGGCAGCUAUUCGUGCGUUAUCAGCAACGAGUUCGGCGAGAGCAGUGCGACACUGAACCUGAACAUCGAGAGUGAACAAGAGUCGACGAAGAACGCACCGGUGUUUGUGGAAAAACCGCACAUCGUGUCGCUGGACAACGGAAAGCUGGUACGCAUGGAAUGCAAGGUCAAAACCGACAUCAAACCCGACAUCACCUGGACCCGGGAAGGUAAACUGCUGAAGGAAACGAGCAAACUCAAGAUAACGAUGACAGCGGAGAAGGACGUAUACCACAUCAGUCUGGUGCUCAAGGAUCCACAGACGGAAGACUCCGGCACGUACAAGUGCAACAUAAAGAAUAUUCUCGGUGAAUUAAAUGCCAAUUUAAUUCUCAACAUUGAGAUCGUUCCUGUUAUCAAAGAAAAACCGAAGCUGGUAACGAACGUGAAGAAACGAACGGCCGCUAUCGAGUGUACGGUCGCCUCCCGCUUUAAGCCGGAAUGCAUUUGGAUGAAAGAGACGACGGUUAUUAAGGAAACGCACCGUCACUUGAUCAAGAUCGAGGAAACUCGUGAGGGAGAAUUCUCGGUUAAGCUGAACAUCACCGAGCUGAGUGAGGCCGACUUCGGUGCGUACAAGCUGAUCGCCAAGAACGACAAGGGUCAGGCUACCUCGCAGGUGAUCGAGAUCAAGGACAUUGUGUUCGAAAAGCCACCGCCGACCAAGCCGAUUAUCGACAGCAAGUUCCAAGAUGUAGAAAUCGACGAAGGUGGCAACCUGACGCUAGCCGUAGGGUUGGUCCACCCCGAUCGUCACUUCAAGGUGUACUGGAUGAAGAACAAAACGAUUCUGAAGGCCAGCGAGACUGUCAUUCAGGAUUUCAACGGUCGCAUGGCUAGGCUGCAGGUCAAGAAUUGUACCGUUGAGGAUGCCGGAAUGUACAAGGUUUCCAUUAGCAACGAAAUCCAGAGCGAUGAGUGCGAGGCAAAGGUUUCGAUCAAGGCCAAACCUAAACCGAAGGAUGAGGAAAAGAAAAAGAAGGUGGUGAAGAAAGAGGAAAAGGUGGAAGAGAAGAAGGUUGAGGUAAAGCAGGAGAAGAUCGAAGUGAACGGUGUUGAGAAGGUGGAAGAGAUUAAGAUCGAACAGAAGAAGGCCGAACUCAAGGUUGAAGCCAAGAAGGUGGAGGAGAAGAAGGGCGAACUGAAGGUGGAGGAAAAGAAGGCCGAAGUCAAGGUGGAGGAGAAGAAGGUCGAAGUUAAGAAAGUUGAAGAGAAGAAGAAGGUCGAGGAGAAGAAGAAGGUGGAGGAGAAGAAGGUGGAGGAGAAGAAGGUUGAAGAGAAAAAGGUUGAGGAGAAGAAGGCAGAAGUUAAAAAGGUUGCCGCCAAGAAGGAGGAGAAAAUCGAAAUCAAAAUCGAAGAGGAGAAGAAAGUCGAAGCCAAAAAGGAAGCCAAGAAGGAGGAGAAAAUCGAAAUCAAAAUUGAGGAGGAAGCGAAACCGGGAGUACCCAAGGUCAAAGAGCCUCCAGCAGCGGCACAGAAGGGAUUGGAAGCUCCAAGCAUCGAGAUCAUUCGCGAUGGUAAAAAUGGCAGCCGUCGAGGUUCAUUCUUGGAUGAUCGUCGUCCGAGUUUGUUGAUGGGUGAUGAUACUAAACUGCGUCCGGGAGAAGUUAUCGACGAACGAAAGAAACGACGACCAUCGAUCGACGUACGACGCCCGAGCAUUCAAGAUAUGGACGAGAAGAUCAAUCAACCGUCGACGCCGCUGCGUGCCAUCGGCGAGGACGGCAAGGCGGCCAUCAUUGUCGACUUCCAGGAGAGCUACUCGGCCGUCGAAGAUCAAACCGGUUACAUCUCGGUUCAGGUUGAAGGUAAUCCCGCUCCGACGUGGAAGUUCUUCAAGGGUAUCACUGAACUUAUCGAUGGUGGCCGUUACAAGCAUCACACUGAUGGCGAGAGCAACACCAUUACGCUUUGCAUCCGUAAAGUUAAGCCCAACGACGAGGGCAAGUACAAAGUGGUAGUAUCAAACGCCCACGGUGAGGACUCAGCCGAAGUGCAGCUGUACGUAUCCGACGCCAGCGGUAUGGACUUCCGUGCUAUGUUGAAAAAGCGAAAGUAUGCCAAGUGGGGCAAGGAAGAGAAGGAUCCCGACUGGGGUGAUCUCAAGGAGGUCGAGAAACCGAAGCCACAGCUGAAGAAAGUCGAACGAAAACAAGAUACGUUCUCCAGGCCGCUGGUAGAUAUUACUUGCAAGGAAGGAAAAGAUAAGAAGGUUGUAUUUGAGGCUAACUUCACGAAGCCGAACUCCAAGGCGAAAUGGAUGUUCCGCAAGGAUGAAAUGUUCCCAGGAUCGAAGUACAAAUUUAAAAAUGAAGGCGACCUGUACACUGUUACCAUUUUCAAUCCGAAACAAGAAGAUGCGGGUAAAUACACUUUGGAGAUUGCUGGCAUUUCGUGCUUUGCUUAUCUGACCGUCGAGGAAGCCGAUCCGGUGUAUAAGUUUACCAAGAAUCUGAAGAAGGCAGAGAAGGGCUUCCUGACGCAUGAUACCACGCUUGAGUGUGCGGUGGACAAUUCGAUGGCACCGAUAUCGUGGUGGAAGGGAGAAACCAAGCUUGAAAGCAACGAUAAAUACGUCAUCGGUAAAGACCUUAACGGUACCGUAACGUUGAUUAUCAAAAACUGCGUUCUGGAAGAUGCCGAUACGUACACUUGCAAGAUUGAAAAACAAACGGAUAAAACGGAGACCAAGCUGAAGAUCCUAGAGUACAAUUACAAAUUUACCAAGGUGCUCAAGAGCCAACAACUGUUCGUUAAAGACACCGUUACGCUGGCUUGCGAGUUAGAUCAUGCGCUGGGUAAGGUCGAGUGGUUCAAGGGAGACACCAAGAUUGUCGAAAGCGACAAGGUGCAAAUCAUCAAGGAUGGCCGCAAGCACAAGCUCGUUCUGAAGGACGUCGAAAAGGUCGACAGUGGCAUUUACCGUUGUGUGAGCAACGCCGACAAAACUGAAGCUGACAUUCAGGUUAAACGACCGAACAAGAUCCUCAAGAGACUGAAGGACACUACGGGUGACGAGACGCAGAAGUGCGUACUCGAGAUACAGGUGCAGGACGAAGAAGCCGAGGUCAAGUUCUUCCUCGGAGAGGAGGAGAUCACCAAGAGCGACCGAAUCAGCAUCGUUUCGACUGGCGACGGUACUCAUCAGCUGAUCUACAACCAGCUGGAGUUGGCCGAUGCCGGUGAGAUUCGCUGCGAGUGCGGACCGCUCACUACCAAGUGUACUCUGAAGGUAAACAAGAAGGAGACCAAGCCAAAGUUCGAGGUACCACCGAAGGUAGAAACGCCGGCUAAGGUGGAAAAGGUGGUGGAGGUUCCAUUCACAACUGGUGAAUCUCGCCAGUCGAAGGUCAUUGCUAAAGUGUUCAAAGAUGGUAAACCGGUUUCACCGGAAGAUGUUGAUAUAGUUGUAGAGAAUGAUAAGGUCGUGAUCAAAUUCAAGAAGACUGAGUAUAAGGACUCAGGCGAAUAUAAAGUUGUACUGGAGAAUGCUACCGGAUCGGAAGAGCAUACGAUGAAUGUUGUAUUCCAGGAUAAGCCACUACCUCCAACCGAAAUUCAAGUUGGUAAUGUUUUCCAAACUCGCUGCGUAGUGAAAUGGAAAGCACCAGCAAACGAUGGCGGAGCUCCGUUGACCAAAUAUGUUCUGGAACGGCAGGAUGUAUUCAAACGAUCCGGCUGGGAUGUUUUGCAGGACGUACCCGGUGAUCAGACUAAAUUCGCUGUUACCGAUUUAACUCCAGGCCGACAUUACAAGUUCCGUGUUAAGGCUGUGAAUAAAAUGGGCGAAUCCGACUACUGCAGCAUGGAGGAGGACUUUAUUGCUAAAGAUCCAUGGACUGAACCGGAUCCACCGAGAGAUUUGGUCAUUUCCGAUUGGGAUAAAGACUUUGUCGAACUCACCUGGAAGGUACCAGCUUCCGAUGGUGGGGCUCCUAUUCAAAGCUACGUCGUCGAGUACAAACCGUACACGGCAGCAAACUGGAAGCAAUUUGAAGAUGUUGGUCCGAAUCAGCUCAAAACUACUUUGCGAGGUCUGAAGGAAGGCGAAACAUUCGAGUUCCGCGUGAAAGCCGUAAACCAGGGUGGAGCCAGUAAACCGAGCAACUCAACUGAACCUCUCAGGAUCAGAGAUAGGUAUGUUAAGCCAUUCAUUGAAGGCGAGGGCUUACAGCCCAUCACGUUGAAGAAAGGCCACACAAUUCGUUACUAUGUUCAGUAUGGUGGUGAACCGGAACCCGAGGUGGUUUGGGAGAAGGAGGACAUACUUAUAAUUUGUGAUUCCGAAAAGCGAAAGACAAUCGACGUCGAGGGCAACGCCACAACUCUCCAGGUGCGCCAUGCCGUUCGGGCCGAUUCUGGCACUUACAAGCUGAAACUGAAAAACAGCAGUGGCGAGUUUGUAACGUCGGCUAAAGUUUUAGUUCUGGACGUUCCGACACAGCCAAUCGGACCGAUUAAAAUCGAAAAGGCCAGAUCCAACCACGUUGUUAUUAGCUGGCAACCACCAGAAGACACUGGCGGUUGCCCUCUGACGGGUUACCUCUUGGAAAAGAUGGACGUAGAAAAUGGCACCUGGCUGCAGGCCGGAGAGUGUGGAGCCGAUCAGCUAACCUUCGACUUCCAGCAUUUACAAAAGGGAAGGAAGUACGAGUUCAGAGUGAAAGCCUACAACAAAGAAGGUGAAUCUACUCCGCUGGAAACACUGCUGGCGGUAAAGACGGUCAAUCCAUACGAUCCUCCAGAAGCACCCGGCAAGCCGGCUGUUGAUGACUACGGUAUAGACUAUGCUGAGCUUAAAUGGGAAGCCCCGGAGAAGGAUGGCGGUCGACCAAUCACACACUACGUUAUUGAGUUCAAGAAUAAAUUCUUGACAGACUGGACGGAGUGUGCCAAAACGGAGUCUGCAGCUACGGUACAUAAGGUCACGGGUCUUAAAGCAAAGGUAGUCUACCAAUUCCGUGUUCGCGCCGUGAACAAAGGUGGAGCAUCCAAACCGUCCGAACCAAGCGACAACCACACUGUGAAACACAAGAAUCUGAAACCUCGCAUCGAUCGAACCAACCUGAAGAAUGUUACGAUCAAGGCUGGAAAGGCACAUCUCUGGUCGGCAGACGUUAUGGGCGAACCCGAACCGGAAAUCAUGUGGAGCUGGCGUGACAACAUUCCACUGACGGUUACCGAGAACAUCAACAUCGAGAACGGUAACUAUCACACCAACUUCUCUAUCAAGGAAGCCAAGCGUGCCGACACCGGAAAGUAUAAGAUUACUGCCAAGAACGCUUCCGGCAAGGACGAAGAAGAGGUAGAGCUUGUAGUACUCGGCUCGCCUGGAAAAUGUCAAGGUAAACUGGAGAUAUCGAACGUUACCAAAAAGGGCCUGAAGCUGAAAUGGAAAAAACCUGCCGAUGAUGGUGGCUGUCCAAUUACCGAGUACAAGAUUGAGAAGCUGAAGAAUCGAAACGGUAAAUGGGUACGUUGUGGUACCGUCAAAGGCGGUCCGGAAAUCUUGGAAGCAAAUAUAACCGGACUCGAUGAGGGUGAAACGUAUAAGUUCCGCGUCAUUGGUGUUAACUCGGAAGGUGAAUCCGAACCACUGGAGUCGGACGAGGUGGUCGCUAAGAAUCCAUAUGAUGAGCCUUGGAAACCGGGUCAGCCGGAGAUUGUCGAUUACGACAAUAAGUCCGUCAAGCUGAAGUGGGCCCCACCGAAGUCGGAUGGCGGUGCUCCCAUUCAAAACUACGUUGUUCAAAAGAAGGAACGUUUCAAGGAUUGGCAAGACGUUCUUGAAGUACCCGGAGGCGAAUGUACGGCAACGGUUGAUGACUUGAAGGAGAACACCGAAUGUCAGUUCCGCAUCGUAGCAGUCAAUAAGGCUGGUCGAUCGCCUGAAUCGGACCCGACGAACACACACAAGGUUAAGCACCGUGCACUGAAACCGCGUAUCGAUCGUACAAACUUGAAGGCAAUCGUUGUCCGUGCUGGCAAAAUGGUUCACUUCGAUGUUAACGUGAAGGGUGAGCCUGAACCGGAAAUCACCUGGAUUCUCAAAGAGAAACAAGUGUUCAAUGAUGAUCACUAUGAAAUCAUCAACCAGGAUUACAAUACGAAAUUCACCAUUAAAGAUAGCUUGCGCAAGCAUAGUGGAGUGUACGAGAUCCAAGCUAAAAACGAACAUGGAAUGGAUAAGGAAAAGGUUGAAGUCACUGUUUUGGGUAGUCCAAGCAAACCGAAGGGUCCACUGGAGGUCAAGGAUAUAACUAAGAAUAGUUGCAAGCUGAAAUGGAAGAAACCGGAUGACGAUGGAGGCAAGCCGAUUACGGGUUACGAACUGCAGAAAUACGACCAGAAAGUUGGACGAUGGGUGCCCAUUGGUAAAGCUCCAGGCGAUGCUGAAGAGUUCGACGUUACUGGACUUCAAGAGGGACAGCACUACAAGUUCCGUGUCAAAGCCAUCAACGACGAGGGUGAAUCGGAACCUUUGGAAACCGAAGAGUUUAUGGUUGCCAAAAAUCCAUUCGAUGUACCGAAAGCUCCGCAAGAUUUGGUCAUCAACGACUGGGACAAUGCCAGUGUUACACUGCAGUGGAAGCGUCCUCUGUCCGAUGGUGGAGCCGCCAUCACCGGUUACUUCAUCGAGAAGAAAGAGCGAGGCGAAUCGAAAUGGGAGCCCGCACUUACCACCUUCAGUCCCGAGUGCCAAGCAAAGGUUGGCGACAUGCCCGAAAAACGCACCUACCAGUUCCGUGUCAGUGCCAUCAAUAAGGCCGGAACCGGAGAAGCUUCCGAUCCGACUAACUUCCAUACCAUUAAGCAUCGUUAUCUUCGUCCACGUAUCGACCGUACCAAUUUGGUACCGGUGACCAUCAAGGCCGGUCUGUCGGUACAAUACGACAUCGACGUUGAAGGUGAACCGGCACCGACGGUUAAAUGGUUCCGCGGAGAAAAGGAAGUCAUGACCGAUGCCGACUACAAAGUGGACAAUGUCGAUUACAAUACCAAGCUGUUCAUCAUGCGUGGUCGUCGUAAUCUGAGCGGAAAGUAUACGAUCGUAGCUACCAACUCGCAGGGUGAGGACCGCGCUGAAGUCGAAAUCACUAUCCUGAGCAAACCGGGAACACCAGAAGGUCCUCUGGAAGCGUCGGAUGUGCACAAGCAUGGUUGCAAACUGAAGUGGAAGCCUCCGUUGGACGAUGGUGGUCUGCCGAUCGAGGGUUAUGAAAUUGAAAAACUUGACCCUCUAACAGGCCAAUGGAUCCCAUGUGGCCAGAGCAGCACACCGGAAGCGAACAUCUCCGGUUUGCAGGAGGGCAAGCAAUACAAAUUCCGUGUCAAAGCCUUCAACAAGGAAGGUGACAGUGAACCACUGGAGAUGGAGACUGUCAUUGUGGCUAAGGAUCCGUUCAGUGUGCCAACUAAACCAGGACGCCCUACACCAACGAACUGGAGCAAAGACUUCGUCGAUCUAGAAUGGGCUAAACCGAAAUCGGAUGGAGGGGCUCCCAUCACCGAAUACAUCAUUCAGAAGCGCGAUAAAGCUAGCCGCAAAUGGCAGGAUGCUGCAACGGUAAGCGGGGAUCGCACCCGUGGUGUCGUUGAAGACGUCGAAGAGGGUCAUGAGUACGAGUUCCGUGUAGUCGCUGUAAACAAAGCUGGACCUUCGGAACCGAGCGAUAUUUCCGAUAGCGUCGUUGCCAAGCCCCGGUUCCUGGCUCCAAGAAUCGAUCGUAAAAACUUGGAUAAAAAGAUACUCCGAAGUGGUCAACUGCUCAACGUUGAAGCCGACGUUACUGGUGAGCCAGCACCAAAGGUUACCUGGCAAUUGAAAGAUAAACUUAUCCUUGGUAAAGAUGAAGAUCGCGUCAGGGUGGAUAAUGAAGAUUACAAGACUAACUUGAUCGUAAGAAAUCUUAAGCGAUCGGACGCAGGCAUUUACAAAGUUACCGCCAAGAAUGAUUCCGGUACCGAUACUGUCGAAAUGGAACUGGUCGUUUUGGCCAAGCCAUCGAAAUGCAUGGGCCCGCUUAAAGUGUCGGAUGUUACAGCUGAAGGCUGCAAAUUGGCAUGGUUGCCACCGGAGGACGAUGGUGGUGAACCUAUACAGUCCUACGUAGUCGAGCGAAUGGAUGUGGACAGCGGCCGAUGGAUUCAGGUAUGUGAGAGCCGAUUCCCAGAAGCGGACGUCUCCGGUCUACAGGAAGGCAAAGACUACAUGUUCCGAGUAAAAGCCGUGAACAGCGAAGGUGAGUCGGAACCACUGGAAACGGAGACCAGUGUUCGCGCGAAGAAUCCGUACGAUCCGCCAAGUGCCCCUGGAAAACCCAAAGCAACCGAUUGGUCGAGAAAGCACGUCUUCUUGGAAUGGAACGAACCGGAGAGCGAUGGUGGUGCUCCUAUUACGAAAUACAUUGUCGAAAAGAAGGACGUCAAUAGUACUAAGUGGCAAAAGGCUCUGGAAACGGAUGGACCUGUCACCAAAGCAAAGAUUCCGGAUCUUUUCGAAGGUACUACCUACCAGUUCCGAGUUAAAGCUGUUAACAAAGGAGGCCAGAGUCCGUACUCACCGGUCUCCGAGCCUGUCCUGGUAAAGGACCGUUUCGCACCACCAAGAAUCGAUCGUUCCACGCUUAAGAAUCUAACCCUGAAGGGAGGCCAAUCGCUCAAGCUAGACUGCAAGGUCAGUGGCGAACCUGCUCCUACAAAAUACUGGUUACUUAAUAAAGCGCGAGUCGAGAAAGAUAAUCCCGAAGUUCGGGUUGAAUUUGAAGAUUACCGUGCUAAGCUGACAAUCGGCAGUGUUACUCGAGCCCACAAUGGUGUAUAUGAAAUAAAGGCCGAAAACCCUUCGGGUUACGAUGAAGUGCAAAUUAACAUUACCGUACUAGAUAAACCAACUCCACCGGAGGGACCGCUAAAGGUAUCGAAUGUACACAAGGAAGGAUGCUCGCUUAAGUGGAACCCACCGCUGGAUGACGGAGGUGUGCCAAUCGAUCACUACAACGUUGAGAAGUUCGACAAAGAAGCUCAACGUUGGAUUCCGGUCGGUCGUACACCCGAUACCCAUAUGGAUGUAGCCAACUUGGAACCAGGACAAGAAUACUUAUUCCGAGUAUCUGCCGUCAACGAUGAAGGUAUUUCGGAACCGCUGGCUACUGAGCAGUAUAUUGUAGCGAAGAAUCCAUUCGAUGAACCUGGCAAACCAGGUACUCCGGAAGCGUACGACUGGGAUAAGAACUUCAUUGAACUGCGCUGGACUCCACCGAUGAGCGAUGGUGGUUCUCCAAUCACGAAGUACAUUGUUGAGAAGCGAGAACAUGGCACUAUCAAAUGGAUCAAGUGUGCCGAAACCAUUGGGAACAAGUGCGAAGCUAAGGUAACGGAUCUGAACGAGGGCGAAGUAUACGAGUUUAAGGUCCGAGCCGUUAACGAAGCUGGUCCUGGCGUUUGGAGUGACCAGAGCAAACCGAUUACUGCUAAACCAAGAAAGUUGCCUCCGAAGAUCGAUCGCCGAAAUCUUAAGAAUCUUAGCGUUGCCAUUGGGGAACCAUUUGGCUUUGAUGUUAAGAUCUCUGGUGAGCCAGCUCCGGAUGUGGAUUGGACCAUCAACGAUCGAAUGGUGACGGUGACAACUACUCGUACGAUCGACAACGUCCCGUACAACAGCAAGUUCGUCAAUUCUAAUCCAGACCGAAGAGAUUCUGGCAAGUACGUGAUCAAGGCCACUAACAAGUUUGGUACCGAUCAGGUGGAGAUAACUGUUACUGUAAGAUCUAAACCAAGCAUUCCGGAAGGACCGCUUGAAGUGAAGGACAUGACAAAGGAUAGUUGUCGUUUGGAAUGGCAGAAACCGAAAGACGACGGUGGUGUGCCAAUCGAUCACUACGUAGUGGAGAAGUUCGACCCCGACAAUGGUAUUUGGAUGAGUGCCGGAAAAACCGAUGGUCCGAUUACCGAGUUCCCGGUGGAAGGUCUCGUCCCUGGACAUCGCUACAAGUUCCGUGUAAAGGCCGUAAACCCGGAAGGUGAAUCUGAACCUCUGGAAACAGCCGGAACAGUUGUGGCGAAGGAUAGCUUUACCGUUCCUGAUACUCCGAGCGCACCAACUGUUGUCGAUUGGUCUGAGAAUCACGCGGUUCUCAAAUGGCCAGAACCGGAUGAUGGAGGCAGCCCAAUUACGGGUUACAUCAUUGAAAAGAAGGACAAGUAUAGUCCAAUCUGGGAAAAAGCACUGGAAACUUCGUCUCCUUCGCCCACUGCCACAGUUGGAGGACUUGUCGAAGGCAACGAAUAUCAAUUCCGAGUGAUCGCCGUAAACAAAGCCGGUCAAUCCGACCCAUCGGAUUCCAGCCGAACAUUCACCGCCAAGCCACGCUUCGCACCGCCCAAGAUCGAUCGUAGAACGAUCCGUGACGUAUCUAUUUCGGCUGGUUCUAUGCUCAAGUUCGACGUCUGCGUGACGGGUGAACCGGCACCCAAAUGCGAAUGGCGCAUCAACAAAGCAACCAUUCCGAGUGACAAACGAGUUGAGGUUCUAAACACGGAUUACAAUUCCAAGUUUAUUUUACGUCCAGCAAACCGUGGAGACUCCGGUGACUACGAAAUUACUGCAACCAACUCUUCUGGUCGAGAUCAAGUGUGCGUCCAGGUGGUGGUUACGGACAAACCAAGUCCACCGGAAGGCCCACUACAGGUUUCGGAUAUUACGAAGGAAAGCUGCAAGCUUAAGUGGAAACGACCACGCGACGACGGUGGAUGCGAUAUCGAGUACUAUCAAGUCGAACGAUUCGACGAUGAAGCCAACGCUUGGGUUCCGCAUACGCGCAGCGUUGAAACCAACGCUGAUAUCGGUGGUUUACAGAAUGGAAAGAAAUACAAGUUCCGUGUAAGUGCCAUCAACGCUGAGGGCGAAUCGAAACCACUGGAACAAGCCGGCGAUUUCAUUGCCAAGAAUCCAUUCGACGAGCCAUCGGCACCAAGAGAUUGCAAAGCCACCGACUGGGGUCCAGACUUUGUCAAGUUGGCCUGGCAACCGCCGGUUAGUGACGGUGGUUCUCCAGUGACUGGUUAUGUGGUUGAAGUUAAGGAUAAGUACGGUGAAUGGGAAAGAAAGAUGCAGGUACCGGCAGAGGCUACUGAAGCAGUGGUGCCCGAUUUGAUGGAAGGCCAGAAAUACGAAUUCCGCGUUCGUGCUGUGAAUGACGCAGGUCCUAGCGAUCCAAGUAACGCUACUCCACCAAUCAUCUGCAAACCUAAAAAUCAACCUCCGAAGAUCGAUCGUACCAACCUUAUUGAUGUGCGUAUCAAGGCUGGCAACAAUGUUGUCUUCGACGUUAAAGUCAGUGGUGAGCCGGUUCCUACAACUAAAUGGUCGCUUAACAAACGUGAACUCAAACAGAACGAACGCUUCAAAAUUCAAAACUACGACUAUAACACUAAGAUUACCAUCCGUUCAGCUACGCGUGGAGAAUCUGGUACCUACACCAUUGAAGCGGAGAACGAAAACGGUAAGGAUACGGCGAAUGUGUUUGUUACUGUUCUGGACGUACCGAGCCCACCAGGAGGACCACUCAAGGUAGCGGAGAUUACUGCCAACGGUGCGACUCUGGAAUGGCGUGCACCGGAAGACGACGGAGGCUUGCCAAUCGAUAACUAUAUCAUUGAGAAAUUGGAUGAAACCAAGGGAACUUGGGUGUAUGCCGGAGACUCUGGCAGCAACAAGUGUCAAGCCGAAAUCGAUGGGCUCAUCGAAGGACAUUCGUACAAGUUCCGUGUUCGUGCACAGAACAAAAUGGGCAAAUCCGAACCACUGUCGAUGGCAAAUGCUGUGGUGGCAAAGAAUCCCUUCCGCGCUCCCAGUCGUCCAGAAAAUGUCGUCAUCAAAGAUUACGACAAGGAUUACGUUGAACUGGAAUGGAAGGCACCGGAUAAUGAUGGUGGCGCACCAAUCACUGGAUACGUGGUGGAGAAGAUCAGCAAAUAUUCGGGAGAUUGGGAGAAGUGUGCUGAAGUUGAUGCCGAUAGUUGCACGGCCAAGGUUCCCGAACUGAUCGAGGGAGCUGCCUAUCAGUUCCGUGUCAGAGCCGUCAAUCGUGCCGGUGAAGGCGAACCUAGUAGGCCAACCGAUUCGCACAUCGCUCGUAGCAAGAAUCAACCGCCGAGAAUUGAUCGUAACUCGUUGUCCAAUGUCAAGAUCCGUGCUGGACUUACCUUCGAAUUUGAUGUUCCAGUGCAGGGAGAACCUGUGCCGGCUAAGGAAUGGUCACACAAGGAUAAUAUGAUCAUCAACACCGAUCGCAUCAAGGUCAUCUAUGAAGACUACAGAACCAAAAUUCGCGUCAUGGACGUCAAGCGUGGUGACAGUGGAGUGUACACGUUAACAGCCAAAAACAAGAACGGCGUGGACAUUGCGGAUGUCAAUGUCAUAGUUUUGGAUAUCCCAGCACCACCGGAAGGUCCAAUUAGGUUCGAGAAUCUUUCGAAGAACGGAGUAACGUUGAUGUGGCGCCCACCGAAGGACGAUGGAGGUUCAGAAAUUCUACACUACGUUGUGGAGAAGCUCGAUACCGAUCAAUUGCGAUGGAUUCCGGUUGGUGAAACCAUUUCGACCAAGAUUCGUCCGGACAAUUUGAUCGAAGGACACUCGUAUCAAUUCCGUGUUCGUGCCGUGAACAAACAAGGCGAAUCUAUACCUUUGGCGACCUCUCAACCAAUCACGGCUAAAGAUCCGUACACUAAACCGGACAAACCUGGAAAGCCUGUGGUGGUUGACUGGAGCGAUAAUCAUGUCGAUUUGGAAUGGAGCAUUCCGAAGAAGGAUGGUGGUUCACCAAUCACCAGCUACAUCGUCGAAAAGAGACCUCGCUAUGGCGAUUGGAAGUUUGCUGGAGAAUUCACGGAGUUGUACAAACCCUCUGCCAAAAUUAAGGACUUGACAAAGGAUGAAGAAUACGAAUUCCGCGUUUGCGCUGUUAACAAAGCCGGUGUCGGAGAUCCAAGCGAACCUUCGGAUCCGAUUGUCUGCAAGUCUCGAUUUGUGGCGCCACACUUCGACAAGAAUGCACUUCGUGAUCUGAUCGUUCCAGUCGGCAAAAAGAUCGCCUAUAAUGUUACUGUUGAAGCAUCGCCGAAUGUAACUGCCACGUGGAAGCGUGAUGGGGUCAUUAUUCCGGAAUCCCAACGGGUUAUCCGAGAAGCGUACAACAAUGAAAUAUCACUGGAAAUUCCAUUCUCAAUUCGUGACGAUUGUGGCAUGUACACGUUGAUAGUGAAAAACGAAUGCGGCGAGUACUCGGCUUCUGGUCAUGUGACCGUUUUGGACAAACCUUCCCCACCGGAAGGCCCGCUCAGGAUUACAAACAUCACAACCGAAGGUUGUCGUUUGGAGUGGAAACUACCGAAAGACGAUGGUGGCAGUCCAAUUACACAUUACGUGAUUGAAAAGAUGGACAUGUCGCGCGGAACUUGGUCUGCAGCUGGAAUGAGCACUUCGCUAAUCAACGAAAUCUCUCGUUUGAUCCAUAACAAGCGGUACUCGUUUAGAGUUAAGGCUGUCAACGAGAUCGGCGAAUCGGAACCGUUAGAGUCGGUACAUCCGAUUGUUGCCAAGAACGACUUCGAAGAACCGUCGCAACCACCAAAGCCGGAAGUUGUCGACUGGGACGCCAAUUCGGUUAGUCUGCAAUGGAACCCGCCAAAAUCGGAUGGUGGAGCACAAAUUUCCGAGUACAUUAUACAGAAGAAGGAGAAAGAUAGCCCAUACUGGAGUACCGCUGGAAGAGUUCCUGGAAUCCAACGCAAUCUUAAAGUUCCAGAUCUGGCAACAGAGACAGAAUGGGAGUUCCGGGUGAUUGCUGUAAACGCUGCUGGAGAAUCAGAGCCUUCCGAUGCUUCGGAUGCAGUUCUGACUAGGUCACGAUUUAUUGCUCCGAAGAUCGUCACUCCAAUGCGAGACAUGGUUGUUAAAGCGGGACUUAUCUUCCAUUUGGAUGUUAACUUUACUGGCGAACCGGUUCCCGAUGUAACAUGGACCUUGAACGGAAAACCAGUGGAAACCGACAAGCGAACAACGCUGACUGCUGUUGGACAUCACACCAUCGUUCACACCGUCAAUUGCAACCGCGGUGAUUCUGGAGAUUAUAAACUCGUUAUUAGCAAUUCUAGCGGAACCGAUGAGGGAAGCUUCCAUCUUACGGUUCUGGAUCGUCCAGAUCCACCAGAGGGCCCGAUGAACUACGAGGAAAUUACCGAAAAGAGCGUUACUAUAUCAUGGAAACCUCCGAAGGACAACGGAGGAUCGGAAAUUACUGGUUACGUUGUUGAAAAGAAGGAUCUUACUCACGGAGGCGGUUGGGUUCCGGCCGUUGCUUAUGUAAGUCCAAAAUACACUCAUACCGUAGUUCCGCGUCUGAACAAAGGUAAUAAGUACGAGUUCCGUGUUAUGGCUGAAAAUCUACAAGGACGAUCGGAUGGUUUGGAUAGUAAACACCCAGUGGUUGCGAAGGAUCAAUUUGUUCUUCCUGGUCCACCAACCAAACCGGACAUAAUCGACAGUGGAUAUGACCAAAUUACACUCACCUGGAAACCUCCGAUCAGUGACGGCGGCUCGAGGAUCACUGGCUAUAACAUCGAACGCAGAGAUGCUGCUACUGGUCGCUGGAUUAAGGCUAACAAAUAUCCUGUGCCGAAUAUUGAAUUUACUGACACCGGAGUUAUCAAGGGACAUCAAUACGACUACAGAGUGUCGGCUGUUAACGCCGCUGGACAAGGUACUCCUAGCGAUAUUUCCAACAAAUGUUGGGCUAAGCCCAUGCAACAGGCUCCGUCUCUCAACUUGGAUAGUUUCACCAAGAGGACAAUCAAGGUUCGUGCUGGCGAGCCGAUCGUCAUCACAAUUCCUGUGGUUGGUGCUCCGAUACCAACGGUUGAAUGGUUCCGAGGUCCUAUUAAAGUGCCGGAAUCCUCCAGAGUCUCAAUCGACACCAACAGCGAACAUACGGUGUUCCGUGUGGACAAAAGCGAUCGCAAAGAUUCCGAUACCUACAAGAUUAAAGCGUCCAAUCAGUAUGGAGAGGAUGUUAAAGAGUUUGAAGUCAUUGUUGUUGAUCGUCCACAACCACCCAGAAAUGUGUUUGCUCUGGAAACUACUCAAGAUACAGUUACUCUCAACUGGGAUCCACCGAAGGAUGAUGGAGGUUCCGAAAUCACAGGCUAUAGCAUCGAAUAUAAGGAAUUCCCGUCGGACAACUGGAAGAUGGUCUACGGAACGGUGCCACGGUGCUCGCACACUAUCAAGCAUCUUACCGAAAAUCACGAAUAUAUCUUCCGUGUACGUGCCGAGAAUAUCUACGGUGCAUCGGAGCCCACUGAAAGCAAAACUAUCUCACCAAAGAGUCCGGACCCGCCAGAGGCGGUCGAUAAACCAGUUAUCGAAGACCAUACCCCAAGCUCCUGUACCAUCUCCUGGAAACCACCACGAGUUCAAACUAGACCGGUUGUUGGAUACCUCGUCGAAAAGCGCGAACGUGGAACCGGAGAAUGGGUUCAAGUCAACAACUAUCCGACUGUUAAUUGCACCUACACAAUUCCUGAUUUGAUGGAAGGCUUCCGUUACGAGUUCAGAGUUAAAACCGUCAACGACGUCGGUUGCAGCAAACCGAGCGAGCCUACAGAUCCGAUCACUGCACAGCACCAACGUAAACGUCCGAACCAACCGGAUCCACCAUCGAUCGAUAAAAUCACCCGCAACAGUGUUACUCUCUCAUGGCGCACACUUCGCAGAGAUGCUAAAGAAAAGAUCAAGGGAUACAUCGUACAGUACCACCUUAAAGACGAUGAAAAAUGGCUUGAUGCUAAUACGCUGGAUGACUUAAUUACUGACCAGACGUAUCGUGUAGAAAACUUGGAAGAAAACAAGGAAUAUCAAUUCCGUCUGGUAGCUGUCAAUGACAUUGGUUCAUCGGAUCCAUCGCGUCCAAGCAUAACGGUUAUCCUACAGGAACAACCAAACAAACCGAUGAUGGAUCUCCGCAACGUCAGAGACAUUACCGUUCGUGCCGGCGAAGAUUUUAACAUCCAUAUCCCGUACACUGCUUUCCCGAAACCGGUUGCCACUUGGUUUGCUAACGACGAGCAGCUCGACGAUAGCGAUUCGCGCAUCCAUAAGCAAUUGACCGAUGAAGCAGCCAUCUUCGUAGUCACAAACAGCAAGCGCACGGAUUCCAAACAAUACCGACUAAUGCUCAAGAAUCCUUCCGGAUACGACAUUGCCUCCUGCAAUGUGAAAGUGCUGGAUAGACCAGCUAAGCCGGAGAAUAUCGCAGUUGAAUCGUAUGGUGGUGAGCAUCUGAUUCUUUGCUGGAAUCCUCCACUGGAUGAUGGUGGUUCACCAGUUACUAACUAUGUGGUCGAAAAGAAGGACAAGAGCUCAUCGAACUGGACGAAGGUUAGCAGCUACUGUACUGCAACAUUCCUUAAGAUCCGCAAUCUACGCAUCAACCAACAGUACGACUUCCGUGUUUGCGCUGAAAACAAAUACGGUCUUUCGGAGCCUGCUCAGUCUGACUCGAUCGUUGCUAGACAUCCAUUCGAUGUACCAACGCAACCCGGAACGCCAACCCGUGUCGAUACAACUGAAGAUUCAGUCACCAUCACCUGGGCCAAACCGGCAAGUAACGGUGGUUCACCGAUCACGCACUACGUUGUCGAGAAGCGACCAGCCGCGGAAGGUAACUGGACCAAGGUACAGCAGGGAACCCUCAAAGACCUGGUUUGCAAGGUUUCUGGCCUAACUGAGAAUCGCGAAUAUGUUUUCCGAGUCGCCGCUGUCAAUGCUGCUGGACAAAGUCCGUUCAGCUCUCCGUCAGAUCCAAUUAUGGUUACUGCUGCGUUCACUGCUCCGAAGAUUACCUCCGAUAUUGGAAUGCGCGACAUAACCGUCAUUGCUCGAGAUCCAUUUAAAAUCAUCGUGCCAUACAGUGCAAUUCCAAGACCGGACGCAUUCUGGUUGGUCAAUGGCAACGAGGUUUCAAAGAACGAACGCAUCGAUUUGGUGGUUACGGACACGGAAGCAAUCUUCAAAAACGACUCCGCCAAGAGGUUGGACACUGGCAGCUAUACCAUACAUUUGGUCAACUGUGUUGGAAAAGAUACCGCUUCGUGCCGGGUUUUGGUUGUCGACAAACCAACGCCACCAAUCGGACCACUGGAAGUUACUGAAAUUACACCAGAAUCCUGCACAUUGUCAUGGAAGGUCCCGCUGGACGACGGAGGUAGUCCGAUUACGAACUACAUUGUCGAACGCUAUGAACCUCUGGGAUACUGGACUAAGGCUAGCAGUUUCGUACGUUCAACUCAUUACGACAACAUGGGUAUGGAAGCGAACAAGCAGUACAGCUUCCGAGUGCGCGCCGAAAAUCAGUACGGAGUUAGCGAUCCACUAAUCCUCGAGGAGCCAAUUGUUGCACGUUAUCCAUUCACGGUACCAGACCCACCAAAUCCACCACGUGUCUCCGACUGGGAUGCCAACUACGUUACCGUUACAUGGGAACGUCCACUCAUGGAUGGAGGCUCGCGCAUUCAAGGCUACCGCUUCGAAUACCGAGAUGUUACGGAUAGCUCAUGGAUUGUGUGUAACUUCCUCAUCAAGGACAACUCUUACCAGGUGUACAAUCUCUUGCCUGGUCGCGAGUAUGAAUUCCGUGUUCGCGCACAGAAUGCUGCUGGUGUGAGCAAGCCAUCAGCUUCGUCCAAGAAGUUCAAGAUUCACACCAAGAUCACCGCACCAAGUGCACCCGGAGCACCAGCCAUUAUUAAGGUUGGCAAGAGCUUCGUUGAUCUCAGCUGGACGCCACCGGCAAGCGACGGUGGUUCUAGAAUCACUGGAUAUUACGUUGAACGUCGAGACCUCGGUGGAGCACGCUGGGUCAAAUGCAAUGAAUCGAACAUCCCCGUUACCGAGCUUACCGUGUCGAACCUCAUUGAAGGUGGAGUGUACGAGUUCCGCGUCUACGCAGUUAACAACUACGGAGUAUCUCCACCUUCCGUUGAAACUCGUUCAGUUAGAAUCGGCGAGCAGCUGGACACUGAAAAGCCGGAAUGGGUCAAGAGGUUGAAGUUCAGCCUGGUGCCGCUAGGAAAGUCGGUCCAACUCACUUGCGAAGCUCAUGGCAAACCGGAACCAACUUGCCGUUGGUUGCGCAAUGGAAAAGAAAUCACCCAUGGUGGCCAAUUUGCACUGGAAAGCAAGAAUGGAGUAUUCUCUUUGCAUAUUUCGAAUGUCACUUAUCGUGACGAAGGCGACUAUACUUGCGAAGCGAUCAACUUCGUGGGAUCGGUGCAUACAACAGCUGCCGUUAAAAUCGGUGUUCCACCGAAGCUGGUUAACAUUCCUUCAGAUGUAUAUCUGAUUAAGGGUGAGAACGCGAAAAUCAAGUUGGCCUUCAGCGGAGAUCAGCCAAUGGAGGUUAAUAUUUCUAAGGAUCGCGAGAAGUUAAUCGAAACCGACCACAUCAAGUAUACCGUCUUCGACGAUUACGCCGUUAUCUAUAUUCGAGAUGUGGACGACAGCGAUAAGGGAGUAUAUCUGGUGAACUUCAAGAACGACAGUGGAAGCGUAUCCUGUAACGUUAACGUGCACGUCACUGGAUUGCCUGGCCCACCAACGGGACCGCUGCUCAUCAGCCACGUUACGAAGAACAUGUGCACCGUAUCAUGGAAACCUCCAAGCUACGACGGUGGACGCAAGGUUACGCAUUACGUCGUUGAACGGCGUGACAUUAAAUCGCAGCAUUGGCUAAUUGUUUCAAACUACGUCAAAGAAUCGCAGCUGAUUAUCAAGGGAUUGAUCGAGUUCUCCGAGUACUUGUUCCGUGUUUCGGCAGUCAACGAAAACGGAAUGGGUCCAGCUUUGGAAGGUGUCGAUCCGAUCAAGGCUCGUGGACCAUAUGAUUUGCCGUCGCCACCUGGUAUUCCAAUCAUUCACGAAGUUGGAGGCGAUUUCGUCAACUUGGAGUGGGAGAAACCAUUCUCGGAUGGAGGCUCUCGCAUUCAAGGCUACUGGAUCGAGAAACGCGAACAGGGUAGCGAAACUUGGCAACGUGUCAAUACGGUUCUGUGCUCGAUUUGUACUAUCAACUGUCCGAAUCUUGUGGAAGGCCGUUUCUACGAAUUCCGGGUUGCUUCGCAGAACGAAGUUGGCGUGUCAGAGUUCUCGAAGGCUUCACAGCUUGUGAAGGCUGAAGACCCAGACGUUUGCAAACCACCGGAGAUCGUCAAGCCAUUGAACACGCUAACGUGUGUACAAAACAGGAACGUCGAGUUUGUGUGCAAGAUUACCGGAGUACCACGUCCGAAGAUCACCUGGCACAAGGGUGCUCGCGAAAUUUGCUCCGGUGCGCGUUAUCACAUGUACAGCGAUGGAGACAUGCAUCAUUUGGCGAUCAACGAUGUGUUUGGUGAGGACGCUGAUGAGUACACUUGUAGAGCGGUGAAUAAGGGUGGUAUCAAGUCAACGAAAGCAUCGUUGGUUAUCAAAUCUCCACCGAAGCUUAAUGUGCCACCUCGUUUCCGCGAUACUGCCUUCUUCGAUAAUGGAGAAAACAUCGAAAUCAAGAUUCCGUUCACCGGCUUCCCCAAACCAAGAUGCCACUGGACUUUGAAGGGCGAACAGAUCGAGUCCGGUAGUCACUACCACAUUGAAACUCGUGAGCGCCACACGGUGCUAACCAUUCGCGACGGAUCUCAGCUGGAUUCUGGAACCUACACUAUCACGAUCGAAAACGAACUCGGACAAGACACAGCUGACAUCAAGAUACAGAUCAGCGAUCGUCCCGACAAACCGAGAAAUCUCACGGUCGACCAAAUUGGGCUGGAUCACGUCACCCUCAGCUGGUUGCCACCGUCGUGGGAUGGAGGCGCAAGCAUCACCAACUAUAUUGUCGAAAAACGCGAAGUUCCGCUAUCCACAUGGAUUCGUGCUGGCACAACACGAUUCAAUCAACUCAUUAUUCCCCAUCUUUCGCCUGGCCAUCAGUACGAGUUCCGCGUCUUUGCCGAAAAUGUUUACGGACGUUCCGAUCCAUCGGAUCAAACUGAACUGGUUAGUCUGAAGGAUCUGGGCAUCAAGGCAGCCAAGCGCGUUAAGUACGAGCUGGACGAAAACGGCAAACCGAAGCGUCAAGACAAACGGGAACCUAUCGGCGAUUAUGACACGUACGUGUUCGAUAUCUAUUCCAAGUAUCAUCCGAAACCGGUCGAAAUUUCCAACAAGAGCGUGUACGAUCUGUAUGAGAUCCUGGAAGAGAUCGGUACCGGAGCGUUUGGUGUGGUUCAUCGUUGUCGUGAACGUAAGACCGGAAAUGUCUUUGCUGCCAAAUUCAUUCCAGUGUCGACGAACUCCGAGCGCGAGUUGAUCCGCAAAGAAAUUGACAUCAUGAACCAGCUGCAUCAUCGCAAGCUGAUCCAUCUGCACGAUGCCUUCGAGGAUGAUGAUGAAUUUGUGCUGAUUUACGAAUUCCUCUCGGGAGGUGAACUGUUCGAGCGUAUCACCACCGAAGGGUACAGUAUGUGCGAACAGGAGAUCAUCGAGUACAUGAAACAGAUUUGCGAAGCUGUUAAAUAUAUGCACGAGAAGAACAUCAUACAUUUGGACAUCAAGCCGGAGAAUGUGAUGUGCCAGACUAGAAACAGUAAUCAGGUGAAAAUAAUAGACUUUGGAUUGGCUACACGACUAAAUCCGAAUGAGAUGGUUAAGAUUUCCACCGGAACGGCAGAGUUUGCGGCGCCGGAAAUUGUUGAGCGUGAACCAGUUGGUUUCUACACUGACAUGUGGGCGAUCGGUGUCUUGGCUUACGUCCUGGUUAGCGGCUUGUCGCCGUUCGCUGGAGAGACCGAUAUCGAUACGUUGAAGAACAUCAAACAAGGAACCUGGGACUUCGAUGAAGUUGCCUUUAAGAAUGUAUCGGAAGAGUGCAAGGACUUCAUUCGUCGUCUGCUGGUGAAGAACACCGAAAAACGAAUGACGGCUCACGAAUGCUUGUCCCAUGCUUGGUUGAGUGACAGCUACAACAGCUCAACCUCGCUGAUUUCGAUCGAGCGUUACAAAACCAUUCGCGAUCACAUUCGCAGGAAGUACGACAACUGGGCGUCGUUCGUUCUUCCGCUUGGACGUUUGUCGGAGUACUCAGCUCUGCGUAAAUUGCUUGUUACCAAGUACAAGAUCCACGAAACCUCGUUCGACCGCCGGCAGGCUGCACCACGCUUCGUUAUCCGACCCCAGUCCGCCUUCUGCUACGAAGGACAGAGUUGCAAAUUCUACUGUCGUAUUAUUGGUGUGGCUACUCCUGUAGUAACGUGGUACCACAACAAUCAGGAAUUGAAACAGUCGGUGAAGUUCAUGAAGCGUUAUGCAGGUGAUGAUUACUACUUCAUCAUCAACCGAGUCAAACUGGAUGAUCGAGGCGAAUACAUCAUCCGUGCCGAAAACCACUAUGGUUCCCGCGAAGAAGUUAUCUUCCUCAACGUUCAUCCAAUGUCGAAACAGAUUCCGGUCUACAAACCCGAGAGCUUCACCAUCAGAAGACGAGAACCCAGCCCACGUCCACUGUGGCAGGAGGAAUCCGAUGCGGCUCCGGUGUUUACCUUUGCUCUGCGUCCUCGUGUUAUGCAGCUGAGAGAUACCUGCAAACUGCUUUGCUGUCUGAGCGGCAAACCGGUUCCCACUGUCAAGUGGUACAAGAACGGCCGCGAACUGAGCCGAUACGAGUAUGCUAUGACCCACACCGACGGAGUUGUAACCAUGGAAAUCAUCGACACUAAGGUGGACGAUUCUGGAGAGUACAAGUGCGUUGCAAUAAACCCACUUGGAAAGGCAGAAACCAGCAGUGUUGUGAUCGUUGAGGAUCGUCGCCACGCUUCGGAAAUACCGCAACCUAAGAUUGAAGCCAAGAGAGCAUCUAUCAAAAAGUCGGAUAUCAAAGCUUCGGCAUCGAGCACUCGGCUCGGACCUCCAGACGCUCGGUCUCGACAGUCAACCCGCGAAUUGAUGCCACUACAAUCGGAUAGUUUGAUGCACCCGCCAGAAUUCACGAAGAAAUUGAAGGACGUCGUUGCAUCAGACGGUGAACCAUUGCAACUUAACUGCCACGUCAACGGUGACCCGCUUCCACAGAUCGUAUGGACCAAGAAUGGCAAGAAACUGACCUCUUCCGCAGUCAUCGACAUCAAGUACAAAUCCGGCAUCGCUAGCUUGCGAAUCAAUGAACUUUUCCCCGAAGAUUCCGGUACUUACGUAUGUACAGCGAAAAAUUCCAUGGGAGAAACCUCUACGCAAUGUGUGCUUGAUGUGAAGAAAGGACCUGGUGCCGGUACCCGACCUAUCGACAAGAAGGGUGCCCAAGCGAAGGCUCCGAUUAUCAACAAACAUGCCGAGUCCGGCUACUACAAGGACGGCUCGGAAGUAACGAUCACCUGCCACAUAUCAUGCCCGGAUCCGUUCAAUGUGAUCUGGCUGCAUGACAAUCGCGAAAUCAAAAACACGCCCGACUUUGAAUAUCUUAACGACGGCGAUGUGUAUUCGCUGCACAUCCCAGAAAUCUUCCCCGAGGAUGCUGGCACGUACACUUGCGAAGCGUUCAACAAAGGUGGCGAAAGUUUCAGCUCCUGUACCAUCACCGUGCUGUCGCAGGGCGAGCAAAAGGAUAAUCCAACCUUUGCUAAAUUCCCAGCAUCGCUCAGCGUGCUAGACGGGGCGAAGGCCGUGUUUAGCUGCGAAACCUACGACGCCCCCACCAAGCUGGAAUGGUACAAGGACGGUGAACCGAUCAACGAAUCUUCCAACCGCUACCGGUUCGUGAAGAAGGACAACAAGUACACCUUUACCAUUGCCAAAUGUUCGUUCGAGGACAUUGGCCAGUACCAGGUGCGAGCGGUGACACGCACCGGCGACGCGCUGGCUUCCUUCUCUGUCAAUGUUAGUGCGUAGAGCAUGCUUAGGUUAUUAAGUUACCUAGGAGAUGUUUAGUUAGGUAGACGUAAUCGAGCAAUUAAUUUUUAUUUGUGUAUCUCUUAUUUUCGGACAAAAAAAAACAACCGUGCUGUAAUCUGAUGUGUAAAACCAUGUUCGACUACAUGUGUAAGUAAGUUUUUGUAAAGUAUUAUUUUUUGAAUUCUG